CACUACAAGAUCCAGUGUGGGAGUGUUUGUUUGUGAGAGACAGGAGAGGGAGAGAUCCAACAGGGUAGUUUCUAGUAGCUCAGAAGAAGGAAGAGAAAAAAAAGUGUUUACACUGAGGAAUUGCAGGGAAAAGUGACAAGAGGAGGURCAAGUGCAGGUGGAAAAAUAAAGGAAAGUCAGUUUAUUGGAAAUAGCCGGGAAACGGAGAUUAAUGACCUGACAAAAGCCCGCGCGACRUCCCCCAUGGAGCAAGAGAGUCUGUCCACUCACUGACGAGCAUCUCUCCACGAGGUCCACGCUGACACAGCCAGAAGUGUGGAGGAGACGAGACAACACCUGCCCCUUUCUGUGGCGCUCCAUCAAACUGUCUCCCCACUCCACCCCACCCCUGAAUUUUUCAUUUUUAAAACUUUGAGCUCUUGCUUUGAGCACUGACACCUUUCAGGAAUCCCUCUCCCCGAGGAGCAAAGAUGAGCUGCAGGAAGAGGUGCAAGCGUGAGAUCUUCAGAUUCGCACAGUACCUGUUCAGACUCAUCACAGGCACGCUCAACACCGACAGCGUUGAAGAUGAGCUGGAGYUGUCUGCGGUCCGUCAUCGCCCCGAGGGCCUGGAGCAGCUAGAAGCACAGACACGCUUCUCCCGCAAGGAGCUCCAGAUCCUUUACCGUGGCUUCAAGAACGAAUGUCCYAGCGGAGUCGUUAAUGAAGAUACCUUUAAAGACAUCUACGCACAGUUCUUUCCACAAGGAGAUGCUUCGACAUACGCACACUUCCUGUUCAAUGCAUUUGACACGGAUCACAAUGGUUCCGUGAGUUUCGAGGACUUUGUUAUGGGGCUUUCAAUCCUCCUGCGAGGCACGGUGCAGGAAAAACUCAUCUGGGCRUUCAACCUUUAUGAUAUCAAUAAAGAUGGAUACAUCACUAAAGAGGAAAUGCUGGAYAUCAUGAAGGCCAUCUACGACAUGAUGGGUAAAUGUACAUACCCCGUCCUGAAAGAGGAGACGCCCCGUCAGCACGUAGAAGUCUUCUUUCAGAAGAUGGAUAAAAAUAAAGACGGAGUGGUAACCAUAGACGAGUUCAUUGACUGUUGCCAAAAUGAUGAAAACAUCAUGCGAUCAAUGCACCUCUUUGAAAAUGUUCUCUAACUUUUGGCUGCCCGUGGAAGCUUUUGGAAGGGAACACCAUCUUUAGCACGGCCCAAUUACUGACUUGGACUCAUACUGUGUACAGUGUGCUAUGCAGACUUUUGACCAUAGAUAAAAUAUUGUUCAUUACUGUGGGCCACAAUUAGGAGUAGGCUGCGCAGUGAGAACACUCUGGAAUGAACUGCUUUUUAAUCAGUUUACUCAAAACAGCCAGCUGGAUACUAAAWAGUGGCUAAACUGUCAUUUCUAGGCUAUAAAUAAAAUUUCACUAUUUAUGGUGUUCAAUAAAAGACAGUAAAAUAUAGUUUUAUUUACUGCCAAGUGAAAUCACUGUGAGYUCUUGGGUCAUUAAAUCAGAUCUUGCUCUGUUUUUAAGAAUUAAGUUCCAGAGUGUUCCUACUGAUCGAGUGUGGUUUGUGAUUUUGCUUUUUUAAGAAAGCCUUUAGAUGAAAAAAAACUGUACCAUUACGAAUUGUACAUACUAAAGAUUAAACAUUAGAUAAGAAUUAUAUUUAACAAACUUUUCAAACUUUUUCAUGUUUACUUGCCAACUAGACAACACAAGGAUUGUAUUGACGUCAACGUUGGACCAUAAURUCAUUGGGUUGUCUUAUACAGAGCCUGCCAAGGGCCAGGAAAGCUCAAAACAAAACAAAAAAUAAAUAAAAUGGUGGCUGGUAAACUAGUUUCUUCAGCUUAGAUGGAAGUGGAUUUGCGAUGAUGUUUGUGUUUAUGGGCACCAGCUAACGUGUUGAGUUUUGUUUUCCCGUCUGAAGCUGAAGGGCGUAGAUCUAACAGAAGAAAACACAAAGAUUUCGAAGCCAUCUACACGUUAAAAAACAUGGCUAUAAUGUUCAAUACAGUGAAGCCCUGCAAGAGUUUCACAGUUUACGGACUCAGUCUUUUACAGAUUUUUUUUUAAUAGAACCUAAUUAGUAGUUUGCGGUAAUCCCCUCAAUUUUCUGAAAACCGGAACUACACUACAGAACGCCCAUUUCUAAUCUUGUGGGGUGGGGAUGUGAGUUUUAUAAGAUAAAUUAAUUUAACUUACUACUGCAACAAAAAAUAAUGUACAUUGGGUUCCGUUAAAAAAAUAAUUAAUUCGAUKCCACCCAGUAGCAGUCUUUUCUGGACUGCAUCAAUCAUUUGCUUUUUUUCAUGAUUUCCUACUCUAAGAAUGUAACCYCUGCAGAAAUCUGGGCCUCACUGUGACGUCCAUAGUACUGACCGAAGUGUCACCAAAUCUAAUAGGAAAUGUAUGGUAUGAGGCCCCGCCCACACGACCAAUAAUAUGAACAUUCUCACCACCGAAUAAUGAAGCGUGGGUGUUUUAGCGUUUUUAAAUUCCUGCUUUUUUUUCGACAUUUUGAUUUUGCCCCUUGGCGGGCUCUGUAGUUUUAAGCACACUGGUAGAUUUACCAAGAGAAUCAUGUUAAACAACAAUGACUGUUUAAAAACAAAAAGAGACUGAGAAGAUGCUUUUCGGUGUAUUUUUAUUUCUGUACGUAUGUAUAUUUCUUGUAAAGUCAACCAUCAAUCAUCAUGUUAUUUUUAUUUAUUAGUCCUGUGGGGCCGUUUUUACUAAGAGCAGUGUUUCAGGUUAUUUAUAGGCUUUCAUGCUUAUUGUAUAAAAGAUUCAGUUGUACAGUAUUAAAUGACAAUUUGCUCUUGGGUGAAAUCCAGGUCUUUAGAUUUGUUUCUGUAAAUCAGAUCUUUAAGAAAGGACGUCGCAGGUUUUGUUGAUGAUCAAAAACUUUGUAUUAAACUCGUUACUUUAGGUUGACAGACUGUUCAUGCUUCUGUGGGAGAACRUCCAGCUGCCUACACCUUCUCAGCCUGAUUGACUCCUGAUUAAACCACUGAUUGGCAGUGAAUGGUGUGGAGGGGGAAAGCCACGCUGUGUCAAAGUCUCACGCUCCGAAAGAAAGGGCUGGACAUUAUGUAACUUAUUUACUGAGUGUUUUCAUCUGACAUUUUCUGUUUUUGUUCUUUGUUUUUUUCCUGCCAGUGAUAUGGAUGUUAGAAACUGAUUCAGACAAACCAGGGAAGUGAGGGAGACCAGAGCUUUAUAGAUUUAAUAUUUUAAAGGAAUUAACAUGUUUAUAAAAGCGUUCGCAUGUUGGGAGUCACUCACGAAACCUUACAGAGGAAUGUUUGAGUUUAGUAAAGAAAACAAGACUUUGUGUGUGUGUUUGCAUAUUUUUCAUCAAUUUCCUUAAUUUUGAAAAAGGYUUUACUUUUUACAAGUUUAAUGUAGGUUUGAUUGCUGGAGAACAAACUUUAACAUCCUGUUUAAGAUUUAUAUUUAUAAAUCAUAGCAGGUGAGGUGGUUAAAGUGAAAAAAAAAAAAAAAAA